GGGGCGGGGCUCUCGCCCCCUAACCGCCUGCUCGAUGUUCUACUACAAACCGCUCACGGUGCGCGCGUGCGAGCGGCUGCGGAAAGAGAACCGGGGGAUGGAAAAUGUUCCAUAGAACGUUGUCGGAGGAGUCUGUUCAGAUCGCUGUGAAUCUCUGAGUGAAGAUGGCCUUCUUUCAGAACAACUUCUGGGGGGAGAAGAAUGCCGGCUUUGACGUGCUCUACCACAACAUGAAGCAUGGCCAGCUGGCAACCAAGGAGCUGGCUGAGUUUGUCCGUGAGAGGGCUGCCAUUGAGGAGACCUACUCCAAAUCAAUGAGCAAACUGUCAAAGAUGGCCAUCAAUGGGAGUCCACAGGGGACCUUUGCUCCCAUGUGGGAUGUAUUCAGGGUGUCUUCAGACAAACUGGCCCUCUGCCACCUGGAGCUGAUGAGAAAGAUGAACGAUCUCAUCCGGGACAUCAGCAAGUACGGGGACGAGCAGGUCAAAAUACACCGCAAGACAAAGGAGGAGAUGGUGGGGACAGUGGAGGCGGUGCAGGCGCUGCAGGUUCACAGUGGUCACCUUCAGAAGUCGAAGGAGGGUUAUCACAGCAAGUGUCUGGAGCUGGACCGGCUCAGGAAGGACGGAGGUCCACAGAAGGAACUGGAAAAGGCAGAGCUGAAGUCUAAGAAAGCGGCUGAGUCAUUUGCGUUGAGCAUCGAGAAGUACAACCGCGUGGGAGGAGAGUUUGAGCAGAAGAUGAGCGAGUCAGCCCAGAGGUUUCAGGAAAUCGAGGAGGCUCACCUGCGGCAGAUGAAACAGCUGAUCAAAGGUUACUCCCACUCCAUAGAAGACACCCACGUCCAGGUGGGGCAGGUACACGAGGAAUUCAAGCAGAAUGUGGAAAACAUUGGCAUCGAUAACCUCAUUCAGAAAUUUGCAGAGCAGAAGGGCACUGGCAAAGACAGGCCAGCUCUUGCAGGUUUUGAGGAGUACAUGACGGCAUUGGCACCUGAAGGUGGAAAGAAGGGUCGAGCAAAAACCUUCAGGAUCCCCGGCUUAGGCAAGAGGGACAAGGAGCCAGACUCUACGGAUUCAGCGGUGACUGAGACAGCGAAUUCACCCCUGGAAGUAGAUGACGAAGGAUUUGUCAUCCGGGCCGACAGCACCCACAAUGGCUGCUCUGAGGAGAAGGACAACAACUUCUACUCUAGUGAUUCCGAUUUCGACGACGACGAGCCCAAGAAGUUCCACAUCCAGAUCCGGCCAGUCGCCAGCAGCGGUCGCAGCAGCUCCGCCGCCACUGAGAAGGAGCUGAAGGCCACCGUGGGGGCGCUCACCCUGCCGCCCAACCGAGGCGUACGACAACAGGUGACCAUCAAGCGGCAUAUUUCCAGAAACUCGAGCACCGCGGGAGGCCGAUCGGAAGACGGCGAGGCAGCCUCCCACAGGGAUGUGGAGCAGGACGGCCUCUGCAGGUCAACCUCCAGUCCUGAUCACAGCAGGUUGAGCUCGACGGCGUCGGGCUCAGACAGUCUGUUCGGACCGCCGCUGGAGUCGGCCUUCAAAUCCAAAAGCUUUGAUGGUCGAGAGCAACUCAGAGAGCGCAGCACCUUCGGUGCUUCAGAAUAUGCUGCCUUCUCGUCUGACUCCUCCUCCCCCGAGAACGUUGAAGACUCCGGUCUGGACUCGCCCUCCCAUCAGCCCCUCGGUCCGUCCCCAGAGCCUGUGGGUUGGGCAGCGUGGCCUCCUGUGUCACAGAGUAAAGACCAAAGUCAAACACUGGGACGACCUGUGGACCCUUUCCUCUCUGUUUUCCGUGACCCCUCCCCCGGCCGGAGCACUCAGUCACAAGGGGACCCUGCCAGCGUCUGGUCCAUCGGCCCAUCGCGUCCCUCUCGCCUACACUCAGACAUGGACCCCUUGUCGAUGCAGUUCCCUCCUUUCUCUCAGUCCCUCCCUCCGCCCGAGAUGGAGUCGUCGGUGUGGAACUGUAAACACAUCCCCCCCGAGGACCCUUUCCUCGCCGCGUUUGAGAGGACCGUCACCAAGGAGACCUUAAACCUGUCCGACGUGUGGUCGCGCCCGCCGCCUCGUCCGCACCAGGAGGGCAGGGGGGUGGAGGUGCGAGGGGACCCAUUCUCCAUCACCCUCGCCGACACCAAGACACACCCAACCUCGUCCUCCUCUUCCUCAUCCUCCUCCAAUCGCAAGGACAGAGACAGGAAACGAGACCGCAGCCUACCACCUCCCAUUUCCCCCGAUGACCCGUUCGCAAUCACGAUGAUCGGCAGCCCGACGCACCAAUCGUCUUUGGCUGCAGCCGCUGGAUUAAUCCCAUCGCACAGCAGCAACAGCAUCAUCUGCGGCAGCUUGGGUGGCGUCACCGUCAACAGCAACAGACUGGCACUCGACGCUAAUUCAAGUUCUUUGCCCACAGCGCAGACCAAGAAGGAGUUGAUGCACUGGAACUCGCUCCACAACCCGUUCAGCGAGAGCGUCCCCGGAGCACUGAGCGGCUCCAAAACACAGGACGGAGGAGGAAAGGGAGAUGGAGGAGCAGGAGGCGAGAGGAGAAAACAUCGGUCAUCGGAGAGUGAGCCACGCAGGAACGCCCCUCCACUCACCAGGCACUCAGGUCCACAGGAGGACCUGUGUUUUUCGACUGACAAAGACCAAGACUGCCUGGAUCUGAACGCUCAGAUGUCCUGCAGCAUCAGCUCGCACAAGGGAUCCAAGCACAACUUCAGAAAGGACACAUCUGAAGAGGUUGCAGCUGCUCCUCAGAGAGCAACCCGGGCCAAGAGGACCUCGGGCCGAAUCACCGGCUGCGAGAGGUCCCGGUCCCUUUGCUCCUCCCCGCUGCCGGAGCCCAGCCCCUCCCUUACCACCUCCUCCUCCUCCUCCAGUCCCAGUGAGUGGGGGCCUCAGACCAGAGACGGCGAGUGGGGGGGUCAGAACCGAGCUCCCAGUCCGGCCAGGGUGGGACAAGCAUCGCCACUGCCCUACCAGCACCAGGACCACCAGCAAAGACAGCUGCACCUGUCGAGAGGUCCCAGUCCCAUCUCCCUCAGCACACAGGAGGCCUGGCCAGUGGCCGCAGCCAUAACCGAGUACAUCAACGCCUACUUCAAAGGUGGACAACACAACCGCUGUCUGGUGAAGAUCACUGGCGACCUGACGAUGUCCUUCCCGGCAGGCAUCACCAGGAUUUUCACAGCCAACCCCAACGUCCCCGUUCUCAGCUUCAGACUGGUCAACAUGUCCAGGAUCGAUCACUUCCUGCCAAAUCAAAAGCUGCUCUACAGUGAUCCUUCUCAGAGUGACCCAGACACCAGAGACUUCUGGUUCAACAUGCAGGCUCUGCAGAUCCACCUGCAGAGAGAAGCUGAGCUCAACCCCCAGGCCUCUUAUUACAACGCCGGCCUGCUGAAGUAUCAGGUGUCGUCUCAGGACCCGGGUCGGGCUCCGCUCCUGCUGUCGGCCGAGUGCCAGCGAAGCGGCACGGUGACCCGAGUGUCCCUGGAUUAUCACUGCUGCCCCGCCACCGCUCCCUCCACCCAGCUCACCGCUGUCCAGGUGCUGCUGCCGUUGGACCACAACGCCACCGACCUGCAGUGUCAGCCGCCCGCCUCCUGGAACGCUGAAGAAAGGCGGUUGCUGUGGAAACUCCCCAACCUCUCCCCGACCAAUCACAGCAAAGGCUCAGGGACUCUGUGUGCCAGCUGGCAGUGCCUGGAGGUUCCCCGCGGCCCCCCACCCAGCCUGGCCGUGCAGUUCGUGGGCUCCGGGGCCUCGCUGUCGGGCAUGGACGUGGAGCUGGUGGGCAGCCGCUACCGCAUGUCACUGGUGAAGAAGAGAUUUGCCACAGGGAAGUACAUGGCGGGCUGCUCCUUGUGAAUCACGCACCGUUGCUGGAAGUUCGGAGAACUGCACUUUCCCAGCGUCUGAGAGAUGAUGAUGAUGGUGAACCCUGGUGAGAGAUAAAACACGAGAGGUGGCUCCUCGACUCGGACUCUACAGCUCGGGCCUCGAAGGACAAUGUGCACUUAACUUCUGAUGGUGUCCUGCUGUUUUAGGACCAAGCCUUUUCUUCUUCUUCUUCUUUUCCUCUAAUUUAAGUUGUGUGUUGUACACUCGGUGGUCACGGGCUUUUCCAGGAAUGAAAAGUCAAUUUUUUCUAUCUCCUCGGCUCUGUUCACAUCACGUUCUCUUCUGUGUGCCUUUGUAGGUAGACACGGCAAACUAAGCUAGAUGUCCGGACUUUUCUUGAAUUGCAGAGGAAAGAGGAAAAAAAAUUGUGUGUGAAUAAAGAUGAGCAUAUUACUGUGUUGCCAUGGGAACUAGGAUUUUUUUAAAAUUAUAAUUUUAAUACUGACGAGUGGAACACGUCAUUUGUGAGCAAAAGAUCUGCGACAAAACCUUAGGAGAAAGAAAAGAGAAAUCGUUUGUAAAUCUGCCGUUUGUGAAGUUGACAUUUCAUAAAAAAAAAUUAAAUAAAUGUGCUCAAUCCUG